ACCCUCUCUCUCUCUCUCUCUCUCUCUCUCUCUCACCCUUUAACUUUCUCUCUCUACACACAUACACACGCAGGACGAUAGAGAGAGAUAGAGAGAAUAUGAUGUUAGGGAAGCGUCCACGCCCUCCGAUGAAAAGAACAACAAGCAUGACUGGUAUCACCGUUGAUCUUCCCAAUAACGUGGAGGGACAAGAACCGUCCGACCAUCAAUUGAGAGAUGAUCAUCAUCAAGGGGCAUAUGAUACGGGAUUGUUGGCAGCUAUGGUGUCACCGAGAGUAAACCUACAGAGGAGAAAUUCCGCUGAUCUUGCAGAGACUUCACACUUCUUGAGAACUUGUGGCCUUUGUAGACGCCGCCUCACACCUGGCCGUGACAUUUACAUGUAUAGGGGGGAUACAGCUUUUUGUAGUUUAGAGUGUAGAGAACAGCAGAUGAAGCAAGAUGAGGGAAAAGAGAAGAGCAGUAAUGGUCCUUCAAACAAAGAAGAAAGAAAACAACAAAAACAACAUGCAUCACCAUCUACUACUAAUAAGAGCGAGACCAUCUAUCGAAGCUUCCUCACUCAUACUUAAUUUGCAUUGGAAAUCAGAUUCUGCAAGAAAUAUAUAUAUAUAUAUAUUGGAAGCUAAUUAAGAGACACAUUCCAAAACCAAAUUCCAUCUCUCAAAGUCUCUCUCUCUCUCUCUUAUUGCUGUAAUUUGGAGUAAAUUUUUGCUGGGAUACGCACGCACGUGUGAUUGGAUUGGCUUGGAGUCCCAUGUCACUUCUUAAAAAAUUUGUAUAUAUACCUUUGUGACAUUACCGGGUUUUGUCUCAAUUUAA